AUGGGGUGCGAUCCACUCUAUGACAUGAGAGAGCCUGCCGGUCCUUCUGGCACAGGUGCAAGUGUCACUUUCGAAGCACCGAAGACCUAUCAGGAGCGGCACACCGUGAAAUGUGACAACCCAUACCUGCACUGCGAGAAGCUCUUUGCGACCGAGAAGGACAUGAAGCAUCACAAGCACAACGAGCCAGAUCACUUCUUCUGCAAGAAGUGCGACAGGAUUGACACCAAGAAGCGAGAGGCUGCGCCAAAUGCAUGCCCACCAAAGAAGCCUGGCCAAUUCGACUUCGAGGACUGGGAUGCCUUCACAAUGCACAAGGUCGAUGCGAUGGCGCCGUUCAUCGAGGGCCGCCAGAAGCCGACAGACGACAAUCCGCCAGCACAUAUCGCCUGCGAAUUCUGUGGUGAAGACUUCAAGAGCUUCGGUGGCCGCAAGCGCCACCGCCUACACGACCACCCAGCAGAUCAGGAUGUCGAGUGUCCAGGUUGCAAGCAACACUUCGUCCGCGCGUACCUCAUGAUCCGCCACCUUGAGCAGAACCGCUGUCCAAAUAUCCGACCGCUCGAGUUUCACCGUCACAUCAGCCAGAAGUACAUCGUCAGCCAGGUCAUGCAUGCUCCAGACAAGCUUCUCAAAAGCCUGGCCGCAAACAAGACCGUGGACGACAAGAACCCAGGCCGUAUCGGUCAAGCUCAUCGUGACGAAGAUCUAGACCCACUCGACCAAGAUGAAGAAGGUGGUGUUUCGUUGCUCGACCAAGCAGACGAAGCUCAAAUGGGAGGAUACAAGCCACUUGUUCCCGAGUCCGACCUCAUUGAUGUCCACAAUCGAGGCGGACCCCCAAGCGCAGCACUCGAGCGCUGGCCACGACUUCCUGGUCAAGACUUGCCCGAUCUGUCCACGUCGAUGCGAGGUAUGUCAAUCAAGACUCCGAGGACCCCAACCCGCCGCGAUUCGAUCCUCGGUCGCGAAAAAACCACAGUCACUGCCUCACUGCCCGCGAAACCCAUAGCGUGGGGCUCCAAGACAUCCGAGAAGCUCUUCCCAUACUCCAAGGAGCCCAAGAAGCAAUCGAAGGCGGCUGACUGGAGCGGGAUCCUUGCUCAGCGGGAGGCGCAGGCCGCUGCAGAGAACAACACUAGCCUGUGGAAGUCUCGUUGGUGGGACCCAACCUCACCCGACUACCAAGUCGAGAUCUUCUACAAUGCGUUCGAAGGGGCGUACUUGUGCCCAUUCGAGAGCUGUGAGAAGGACAACCACAGAUUCGACUCGCCAUACGACCUUCACGUACACAUGGCUCAUGCCCACAUCCGCCAAGUCUGGGGCUGUGUUGCCUGUCACAAGAGAUUCCCAAGUCCUUCGUCGCUCGUCGCUCACGCUGAGAGUAGCCGUCGCUGCUACGUGAGGGACAGUGGAAAGUUCAAACAGUUCAUCAGCGAUAUCACCGGUGGCUAUCUCAAGGCGAAGGAGAUGCCAGUGCCAAAGAUCUACCACACCGACGCCGUCAUCAAGAAGGGUCCACAAGUGCAAGGUGUCAUGGAGACCAAGUUCAUCGGGCAGAAUCCUGACGACAACUAA